AUGUGGCCUGCUCUAAUCUUGGCGGUCACCGCACUGGUCCAGAUCUCCCCUCUCGCUCACGCUGCCCCCCCAAACGUCACUCUUGACUACGCUACGUACGAGGGUCUCUCGAACAAGCAUGGUAUCACCAGCUUCCUAGGUAUGCGCUAUGCGGCUGCGCCCAUCGGAAACUAUCGUUUCGCUGCGCCUCAAGAUCCUGGCGUGGAAACUGCCACACAGCAAGCAACUCGUUUCGGUAACGUUUGCAUUGGGGUAAAUCAAAGUCCUGGCACUCCCGUCAUCGGCGGUUACACUUACGGUGAGGAUUGCCUUUUCAUUAGUGUAUCAUCGCCGACCAGGGCUGCAAACAGUUCUCUUCUUCCCGUGAUCAUCUGGAUUACUGGUGGAGGUUAUGCCAUAGAAAGCAGCACCAAUUUCGACUUUGAUCAAUUCAUCAAUGCUUCGAAUGGCAGUGUAGUCGUCGCACAGAUGAACUACAGAGUGGGAGCUCUCGGAUUUCUCGCUGGCCAAGAAGUUCAGUCCGAAGGAGCUCUUAACGCGGGUCUUCUCGAUCAGCGCAAAGCGUUGCAAUGGGUUCGCAAGUAUAUCUCACAGUUUGGAGGUGACCCUGAUCAUGUUGUCAUGGUUGGUGGUUCAGCUGGCGCUGGCUCGGUUGGCUUACACCUGACCGCCUACGGUGGCCGCAAUGACAGCCUGUUCGUUGGGGCAGUCGGAGAUGCUUUCUUCUACCCUACUGUCAACAACGCUACCUUCUCACAACAUCAGUUCGACACCCUCGCCACUACCGUGGGAUGCGGUUCAGCUUCUGACAAACUCGCAUGUCUACGGAGCGUGGACAUCAACGCCAUACAACAAGGCGAUAUCAAUGGAGCAUACCCUAACCAGACUUUGGACUCACAGUAUAUUUGGACACCAGUCGUCGAUGGCAACUUCAUCCAGGAUCUUCCACUACGCAUGAUUCAAAAUGGUCAGUUUGUCAAAGUACCUUUGAUUGUUGGUGAUGUAACGGACGAGGGAACCCUGUUUGCAAAUAAUGCUCUUGAUGCUCAAGAAGUGUCUAAGUUCAUGUCUGCCAAUUUCCCUCUACUUUCUUCCGACAACCUCACCACGAUCAACAAGCUGUAUCCACCGACCACUCUGUUCCCAUUCCACAACCUUUACUUCUCUUCUUCGGCCGCCGCUUAUGGUGAAUCGAGCUUCAAAUGUCCGGGUUAUCUUAUCGGGACUUCUAUGGCUGCAGCUGGUCUUGCAUCGAGUGUAUGGCAGUACAAUUUCAACCAGACCAUACCCGCGAUCGCCACUGCUGGAUUCGGUGUGAUGCACCAGUCAGACCUUGGUGCUCUGUUCGGUGGUUCCGUUGGAUCGUCGACGGGAUUCUUCGAUCUGGCCGAUAAUGUCGAGAAUGCAGUUCUCUUCGAGAGCUACAAUGCUGGAAACAAGAUGUCUUCCACUAUCGCAAUGGACUACCUCAUAUCAUUUGUCCGCUCCCUAGACCCUAACACGUUCAAGGCUUCUGCGGCGCCUCGAUGGAAUGCCGCAUUCGCUUCCCACUCUGCAGAGCAGAUGAGAAUCCAGGACAUUGGUACUCAGAUGGAGCAAAUUUCAACAGAUUUCAUAGCUCGUUGCGCUUUCUGGACUGACCUUCUCUCACAGAUUGGCCAGUGA